UCUCCAUCCCUCCUCUGUUUCCCCCCCCUUCUUCAUCUUCCCAGCAAGAGACUAUUGCAUAGUCCUUGUCUGUUUUUCACCCAUUCUCCCAUUUUCAACCCUUGAUCCUUGUUCUUAUCUCUUCACACACACAAAUCCAUCAAGAUGGUUCAGUCCUCCGUCUUGGGUUUCCCCCGUAUGGGAAAGCUUCGUGACCUCAAGAAGGCUACUGAGGCUUACUGGGGUGACAAGAUAUCUCGUGAUGAGCUCUUGGCUGAGGGAAAGAGACUCCGUCUGGAGCACUGGAAGAUCCAGAAGGAUGCUGGCGUUGAUGUGAUCCCCAGCAACGACUUUGCCUUCUACGACCAGGUCCUCGACCACAUCCAGAUGUUCGGUGUCGUUCCCGAGCGUUACUCCAAGUACAACCUCCACCCCGUUGACGAGUACUUCGCCAUGGGCCGUGGUCUCCAGAAGCCCGCCAAGGAUGGCCAGGCCGCCAUUGACGUCCCCAGUCUGGAGAUGGUCAAGUGGUUUGACUCCAACUACCACUACGUCAAGCCCACCCUCCAGGACAACCAGACCUUCAAGCUCGCUGCUGAGCCCAAGCCUGUUGUCCAGUACCUCGAGGCCAAGGAGGCUGGCGUCAUCACUCGCCCCGUUAUCCUGGGACCUGUGUCCUUCCUGACCCUCGCCAAGGCUGACCGUGGUCAGUCCGUGGACCCCAUCACCAAGAUCGAUGAGCUCCUCCCCGUCUACGUUGAGCUCCUCACCAAGCUCAAGGAGGCCGGUGUUGAGGAUGUUCAGAUCGAUGAGCCCGUCCUCGUCUUUGACCUUCCUGCCAAGUCCAAGGCUGCCUUCAAGCCCGCCUACGAGAAGCUCGGUGCCCUCGGUGCCCAGGCCCCCCGCCUUCUCCUCGCCACCUACUUCGGUGACAUUGUCCACAACAUUGAUGUUCUCCCUGCCCUCCAGAGCCUUUACGGUAUCCACAUUGACCUUGUCCGCAACCCCGAGCAGCUUGACGCUGUUGUUGCUGCCCUUGGUCGUAAGCAGGUUCUGUCUGCUGGUGUUGUUGACGGUCGUAACAUCUGGAAGACCAACUUCAAGGCCGCCAUCGAGAAGGUUGAGCUGGCCAUCCAGAAGCUCGGCAAGGAGCGUGUCAUUGUUGCCACCUCCAGCUCUCUUCUCCACGUCCCCCACACUCUCGAGAGCGAGAAGAACCUCGACGCUGAGGUUCGUGACUGGUUCAGCUUUGCUGUGCAGAAGCUGUCCGAGGUUGUUGUGAUCGCCAAGGCUGUCACUGAGGGCCCUGCUGCCGUCCGCGAGCAGCUCGAGGCCAACGCCAAGUCUGUCCAGGCUCGUGCCUCCUCCGCUCGCACCAACGACCCCAAGGUCAAGGAGCGCCAGGCCGCCGUCACCGAGGAGCAGCACAACCGCAAGUCUCCUUUCGCCACCCGUAUUGCUGAGCAGAGCAAGUCCAUCAACCUCCCUCUCUUCCCCACUACCACCAUUGGAUCCUUCCCCCAGACCAAGGAGAUCCGUAUCCAGCGCAACAAGUUCACCAAGGGUGAGAUCACCGCUGCCGAGUACGAGAAGUUCAUCGAGAAGGAGAUCGAGGAGGUCGUCAAGAUCCAGGAGGAGCUUGACCUCGACGUUCUUGUCCACGGUGAGCCCGAGCGUAACGACAUGGUUCAGUACUUCGGUGAGCGCCUCACCGGUUACGUCUUCACCACCCACGCCUGGGUUCAGUCUUACGGAUCCCGCUGCGUGCGUCCUCCCAUCAUUGUCGGUGACAUCUCUCGUCCCGCUCCCAUGACCGUGAAGGAGUCCAAGUACGCCGUGUCGAUCUCCAAGAAGCCCAUGAAGGGUAUGCUUACCGGCCCCAUCACCUGUCUGCGCUGGUCUUUCCCCCGUGACGAUGUCCACCAGUCCGUCCAGGCUCAGCAGCUGGCUCUCGCUCUCCGCGACGAGGUUGUUGACCUCGAGACUGCUGGCGUCAAGGUCAUCCAGGUCGACGAGCCCGCCCUCCGUGAGGGUCUCCCUCUCCGUGCUGGCAAGGAGCGUGAGGAGUACCUCAAGUGGGCCGUGCUUGCUUUCCGCCUGGCCACCUCGGGUGUCACCGACGGUACUCAGAUCCACUCUCACUUCUGCUACUCUGAGUUCCAGGACUUCUUCCACGCCAUCGCUGCGCUGGAUGCCGAUGUUCUGAGCAUUGAGAACAGCAAGUCGGAUGCCAAGCUGCUCCGUGUGUUCGUCGAGGAGGCCUACCCCCGCCACAUCGGUCCUGGUGUCUACGACAUCCACUCUCCCCGUGUUCCCAGCGAGCAGGAGAUCAAGGACCGUGUUGAGGAGAUGCUGCCCUACCUCAAGCCCGAGCAGCUCUGGAUCAACCCCGACUGUGGUCUGAAGACCCGCCAGUGGCCCGAGACCAAGGCUGCUCUGACCAACAUGGUCAACGCUGCCAAGUUCUUCCGUCAGAAGCACGGCAACUAAGUUUAAUAUCUACUUUUUUAAUAACCCAUG